CCACCAGUCCUUAUCAUCACAUCUUCUUUGCACUCUUGCUUACUGUCACCUUUCUUUCAAUAUGAGCCUCGACAUCUACCCCCACAACUUCGGCCUCUUGCCCGAGACCCACCCUUACGCCGCUACUCUUUCUUCUUCUGCCUCUUCCUCUACCUCUUCCGUCUUUUCCGACGCUGCAUCACAAGCGUCGAGCGCCAGUUCAACAUCUCAACACUCUCAAUGGGAGUCAGAGGAAUGGAGCUCUCGGACUGGACCAGCUGGACCGACCACCGUCGAUCCGGCCAAUCUUUCCGUGCUCCAGCCAAUCAGCAGAUCUCAUCUCCCCAAGCAUGACUUCACCAUGUCACAGCCAGAGGAUGCUUCUCUGCGCGCACUGCAGUGUGGACGUCGCAUGUUCCUUGCGGCGCUCAUCCUCGCCUCAAAGUACUUGCAAGACCGCAACUACUCGGCUCGCGCAUGGAGCAAAAUCUCUGGCCUCAAGGUCUGUGAGAUCAACACCAAUGAGAUGGCCUUCCUCGAGGCUGUUAACUGGAAGCUCCACAUCACCGAUCCUAUCUGGGAGAAGUGGCAGGAAGUUGUUAACCGUCAUACUCCUAGCAGGCCUCCAACAUCACCCGGGGCUUCCCUCACCAACACUUGGAAAGACGUUAUCCCCAUGCUGACGCCCGAGUUGGACAUCGUUGAGGUGCCUUCAAAGGCGCCAAUCACUCCUGUCCGACCUGCUCUGAGGCCUCAGCUGAGCACCUCUCCCCUACGUUACCCAUCUGUCGACGGAUAUGGAUCUCAGGAGAGCACCCCAACUCCUUCCCGGUACCAGGUGCCUCGCUUCCUGGAACCGAAGCCUGAUCUGCUUCCGCCCACGCCAUCUCUUCCUCGCAUGGGCCACUUGCCCACGCCGUCGUUGACGCCACAGUCCUACACCAGCAACACUCCUGCAGCGAGUGCCAUGGCUUACGGAUCGCGCCGUCCAUCGAUGUGCUCAGCAAUGCAACAAGCACAGUGCUCUUCAUUGGCACGCACUUGUGUUGACCAGUUCAACCCAAGCAUUAGAAAUGGUCUGGAAGCAUAUCACUUCCCCAGCCGCCGCCCCUCCCUGGCUCCUUCAAACUCAUCACUGUCCUCCUCUCCAGAGUCUAUGAUCUCGGACAACUCUCGCUCUUCGCGUGCUUCGUCAAUCUCGUCAGUCUCGUCUGCUGGCUGGGCGCCAAACCAAAGCCAGGCAAAGCUUGCCCGGUUGGCGACCUGCCGCAACGCGAGACUACCGUACCCGGCGUUGUCAAAGUGCAAGGAGCAAUACGAGUAUGCACCAAGCGAGCCCAUGUCCUCGCCCGAUCUGGAGAGCUUCCACAUUGAUGACAUUGAUGCGAAACCCAUGGUCGAGAGCCCCACGGCGAUGGCUACCCCGAGCCGGAAGCGAGGCAGGUCGUCUGUUGACCUUCAGCAGAACGUCCGCCACCUCCUUCACAGCACACGGUCUGCUUUCACACUGCGAAGCAAUCAGACUAUCCUGCCUGAUCGCUCAGUCGCACAGUCCUUUCUUUUGCCAUCGGACAGUCGGUCUGCGCGCAGUGAGCCCAAGGGACUUCAAUCUCCCAAGCACAUGGUGCCCGACUUUUCUCGUCUGCCGAUCCAGAAGGACUUUGGCAAGAAGCGAACGUGCUGCGGCACCGAGGCUGCGCAAGCUUUCCGCUCACAAGGCCCCGGCAUGUGGGAGGGUAUCCUCUAGCUUCGACGCACACUUUAUCAACACUGAAUGACCCCAAAGAGGGCACAGAAGAAGAAUGCCAAAGGCACAAAGACGCCUUCGCAUACCGUCACCACCCACACCUACACAUCUUACACAUCCUUGUAUAUUUCCUUCUCAACAUCCGCCCACAAACCGUCCGUGUAUUCUCACACCUGGAAGACUAUCCAAAAGUCUGAAGGAAGACCUAUGCUACUUAAGCUCGUUAUACCAAGUUCCUCGGUGGCGUUCUCUAUCCCGUUUGUUUUUAAACCUGUUGGCGUAUAUUGUUGGUCGAUGGCUCGACAGAGUCUUUAUUAAAGUUUUUGACAAGCUUUUGGAGAUGCAUAACAAAUGGAAACAGGAGGAGUCGAAACGGAUAACCCUUGAUCACAGAACCGCCCGGGUAUUUACGGCGGGAAUCUGCUGACUGCUUUUUCAACGGAAUGGUUAAAUAUGUACGUUUACUCGAGAGUGGAAGGAGCUAUGAGGAGGGAGAGGCUUUGGCUUCGCUCCUGAGUAGUUAGUGGAUGGAGAUGAGAUAGGUAGCAAGGAAGCGAGUUGACGAUGC